GUGGACGUUGAAUGGUCUAAGUUUAGCCAUUUACUGUCAGAUCUCUGAGAGGUUAUGCAGUUUCAUCGGUGAUCUUUUAGUGUGGCUGUUCACCAGGACAAACGUUGACAUUAACAUUGGUUAACUCCACCCUGUUAAUGAUGUCUUAUUCAGGACUCACAUCUCAGCUCGAUCUACAACCGUCUGUGAGCGGUGCUCUCAUCUAUUGUAUAUUCAUCAUUCAGUCAUUUAAAAUUCAAUUAAAAUGCCUGAAUCUUGUGCAUGAUUAAAUUUGUAUUCUUGUGAUCAUGAAGGAAUUGUCUUAUUUAAAACUAUUUUAGCCUAUAUUUUAUGCGAAAUGUGUAUUUUUAUUUGUAUUGUCUAUUUUGAAAGAUCAUGUGGGUCAUUCAAGUGCUUUAUAUUACACCCAUGAACAGAUCUGAUAUUCAAUUUUAGGUGCGAAAAUUGGCUAAAACGGUAUAUUAUUCUUUUCUAUAAAUGUUUGAGGAAUUGCAGGUUUCAUGAAUAGCUGUGUUUGAUUAGAGUAAUUCAUUAUUUUAGUCAUUUUCUAAUAUUUUGAAUGCAAAGCUUAAAGUUAUUCGUUGGUGAUCUUUUGGGGAGAGAAUCAAAUCUGAUUAUGUUGUUUGAGAAUUCUCUUAAGCUCAUUCUAACAUGUUAUUUAUCAUUUGUCCUCUUGGACUCUGUCAUUUUUAAUUGAAUCGCUGAUAAAUUGUUGCUAUUUUAAUUAGUCGUGCUUUUCUCUCAUCGAUGUGAACUGGCUUAUGAAGUCAAUUAAAUUCCAAUGUCAGCACUUUCAAAUCUCUUUUAGUUUAAUUGAAAUGACAGAGCAGGUUUUUUGUUGUGUUGCUGUCAGUAGUGCUACACUGCCAUUUACAGAGAACUACAUUAUUUGAGUACUAUACAUGUUGUGGUCGUAUUCAUCUCUUCAGUGAAUGUUGGUGCUUGUUCUUGAUUUGCAGAAUAAUUGUAUGUAUAUACCCAGUCUGGUGUACAUUCCAACACUUAAUCCUAUCAGAAUGUCAUGCAGUUUCUUAUUUUAACUCACAGUGUCGCUGUUCACCUGCAAAACCGUGUGUGUGUUCAGUACACAUCUCUCCACCCUGAUUCUGAUGUCAUACAAAGGGCUUCAAGCUCGUAUAGAAAAUCGUCGACGCUGAUCGAAGGACUGGAUUUAAGACACUGGAUUUAUUUGCACUCUUAGGUUUCUUUUACAUGCUACUUUGUUGUGUUUCUGGAUUUAAUUUCUGAUCAAGUUCUGAAACAUUAUAAAGGUUCUGCUUUGCUGUCGAGAUGUUUGGUCUUUUGUUCUUCGUGCUGAUGGCGCACACCGCUUAUGGAGACGUGAGCUAUUCUUUCCCGGAGGAGAUGAAACGCGGAUCUGUGAUUGGAAAUAUAGCAAAGGAUCUCGGGCUCGAUGUGAACAGACUGUCAUCUCGUAAGGCUCGCAUUGAUACUGAAGGUAACAGAAAACGAUACUGUGACAUUAAUCUGAAUACUGGAGAACUGACCGUAGCGGAGAGAAUCGACAGAGAGGGUCUUUGUGGAAAGAAAGCUUCAUGUGUCAUAAAUCAGGAGCUUAUUUUUGAAAGUCCUCUAGAACUGCAUCGCUUCAUUCUCAAUAUUGAAGACAUAAAUGAUAAUUCACCACAGUUCACAGAGAGUGUUAUUGAAUUUGAAAUACAGGAAUCAGCGGUCAAAGGAUCUCGUUAUUUAUUAGAUGAGGCCCACGAUGCGGAUAUUGGUGUGAAUUCAGUGCAGUCAUAUACACUUCAAAACAAUAAACACUUUCUUCUUAAUGUACUUACCAGGUCAAAUGGAAGAAAAUAUGGCGAGCUAGUUCUUAAUAAAGAGUUGGAUCGUGAGCAGCAGAAAGAGGUGACAUUAAUUCUCACUGCGGUAGACGGCGGGACUCCACCGAGAUCAGGUACUGUAGCCAUACACGUCACUGUGCUUGAUGCUAAUGAUAAUGCUCCAGUCUUUAGUCAGGCCGUCUAUAAAGUCAGUCUGCCUGAAAAUUCUCCUCUAGAUACUGUAGUGGUGACAGUGAGCGCUACUGAUGCUGACGAGGGACAAAAUGGAGAAGUGACCUAUGCGUUUAGUCAUUUUUCAGAAAUUACCCGGCAAUUAUUUUUCCUUGAUGCAAUUUCUGGAGAGAUUAAACUAAAGGGACUCAUGGAUUUCGAGGAGGAGAGUUCAAUCGAACUGCCAAUUCAAGCUAAAGAUGGUCAAGGGUUAGCCAGUCAUUGUACAGUUAUAAUAGAUAUUAUUGAUGUCAAUGACAACGCUCCUAUAAUAGUAAUUAAUUCUCUUAAUAGUCCCGUUCCUGAGAACGCGUUCCCCGGUACAGAGGUUGGCAUCAUUAAUGUUCAGGACAGAGACUCUGAGAAUAACGGACAGGUGCGCUGCUCCAUUCAGCAGAACGUCCCAUUUAAACUCGUUCCUUCAAUCAAAAAUUACUAUUCUCUGGUGACCACAGGUGAAUUAGACCGCGAGCUGCUCUCUGAUUAUAAUCUUACAAUCACUGCUACUGAUGAGGGCUCUCCGCCUUUAUCUUCCACUAAGAAUCUUCACUUGACUGUAGCUGACGUGAAUGAUAAUCCACCUGUAUUUCAGGAGCACAAUUACAGAGCUCAUGUGCAAGAAAAUAACAAACCGGGCUCCUCUAUUUGUUCAGUAUCAGCUACAGACCCGGACUGGAGACAGAAUGGCACUGUAGUUUAUUCUCUGUUGUCCUCUGAUGUCAAUGGCGCACCGGUGUCCUCCUUUCUAUCAAUUAACGGAGACACCGGGGUCAUUCAUGCCGUGAGGUCGUUUGAUUACGAACAGCUGAAGAGUUUCAAAGUGCUCGUGUUAGCCAGAGACAACGGUUCUCCUCCUCUGAGCAGUAACGUGAGCGUGAGUGUCUUCAUAUCGGAUGAGAAUGACAACUCCCCUCAGAUAUUAUACCCCUCUCCGGAGGGAAACUCCUUCAUGACCGAGAUGGUGCCCAAAGCUGCUCAGGCGGGCUCCCUGGUCUCCAAGGUGAUCGCCGUGGACGCGGAUUCUGGCCAGAACGCGUGGCUCUCGUAUCACAUUAUUAAAGCGACUGAUCCGGGACUUUUCACUAUCGGUGUCCACAGCGGGGAAAUCAGGACGCAGCGGGACAUUUCUGAAUCUGACAGCAUGAAACAGAACCUUAUUGUGUCCGUGAGAGAUAACGGACAGCCCUCUCUCUCAGCCACGUGCGCGUUGUAUUUACUCAUAUCAGAUAACUUGGCUGAAGUUCCAGAACUGAAAGACAUGUCUCAUGACGAGAGCAGCUCCAAACUGACGUUUUAUUUGAUCAUCGCGCUGGUGUCCGUUUCCACUUUCUUCCUGACCUUCAUCAUCAUCAUCCUGGCCGUGAGGUUUUGUCGCAGGAGAAAGCCCAGACUGUUGUUUGAUGGAGCUGUAGCCAUUCCCAGCGCGUAUCUCCCUCCAAAUUACGCAGAGGUGGAGGGCGCGGGAACUCUCCGCAGCACUUACAAUUAUGACGCGUACCUGACCACGGGCUCGCGCACUAGUGACUUCAAGUUCGUCAGAUCUUAUAAUGAGGGCACACUGACUGCUGACCUGACUCUGAAAAAGACUCAGUCUGCUGUGGAUGAUCUUGAAGGACUUGAUGCAGAAAUGAGCGACUCGUUUCAGGUAGGACUAAGUCUUUCUUUAAAAGAAUAAUUUGGUGUAUUAAAAUUGUGAAAAGGUGUGUUUUUCCCCACUUGACUGCUUUCAUUGGCAACGCUUUCUUAUAAAUGUCAUAUGAAUGUGUUAUAGAUUGUAUGAUUCAUUACCAAACAGCUGUUAAGACAGCAAAAGUAAAAUCUUUUUCGGAUCUUAAAGCUAAAAACGCUCACAGUCCAAAAAUAUUAUUUAAUACCAUAAAUAGUGUGCUAAAUCCGAUGUCUAAUCUAUAUCCUGAUCCGUCACUUACUGCUUGUGAAAAUUUCCUCAAGUUUUUUUAUGGACAAAAUUGAAGAUAUAAGAUCAUGCAUUUUCCCCUCUUCUUCUUUGGACUUCCAUCAUUCCACAUCAGUAGUAACAUAUCUGAAUUUACUCCAGUGUCUCAGUUACCUGGUACAAAUUCUUCAACCAAUGAAGCCCACCUUUUGUUCAUUGGAUGUUGUACAUCCUCACCUUGUAAUAUCUACACUUCUCUAUUAGUCCUAGUUUAUUGUCAAUAAUUAAUAGUAGUUUAACCAAUGCUAUAGUGUCAUCUUAUUUUAAACAUGCCAUUGUGCAGCCGGUGCUCAAAAAACAAACAAACAAACAAAACAAAAGAAAUCUCGAUCCAACACUUAUGAAUAAUUAUCGGCCCAUGUCUAAAUUGUCGUUUGUAUCAAAAGUUCUGGAGAAGGUUGUGUUUAAUCAGCUUUCUUCAUCAUUACAGGAAAAUACUAUUUUUGAUAAAUAUCAGUCUGGUUUCAGACCACAGCACAGAGUCUGCAUUGCUUAAAGGUGCCCUAGAUUAUGUUUUUAAAAGAUGUAAUAUAAGUCUAAGGUGUCCUCUGAAUGUGUCUGUGAAGUUUCAGCUCAAAAUACCCCAUA